AUGGCGGUGGGCUUUUAUUUGUGUCCUCUCUUUCACACAGAUUUUGCACUGACUGAAGACAGUGUAAUCACUCCUUUGUGCCAAAAAGGAUAUUUCCCCUGUGGGAAUCUGACCAAGUGCUUGCCGCGUGCUUUUCAUUGUGAUGGUGUGAACGAUUGUGGGAAUGGUGCUGAUGAGGAGAACUGUGGGGACACUAGUGGAUGGGCGACUAUAUUUGGCACAAUCCAUGGAAAUGCUGAUAAAGUGGCAUUCACCCAGGAGUGCUUUCUAAACCAGUAUCCACCACGUUGUGACUGCAAAGAAACAGAAUUGGAGUGUGUGAACGCUGACUUAAAGUUGGUGCCGCCCGUUUCCAGCAACGUAACGCUGCUGUCUCUGAAGAAAAACAAAAUUCACAGUCUUCCAGAUAAAGUUUUCAUCAAAUACACAGAACUUAAAAAGAUAUUUCUUCAGCAUAAUUGCAUUAGACACAUAUCCUGGAAAGCAUUUUUUGGAUUACAUAAUCUGCAAAUAUUAUAUCUCAACCACAACUGCAUUACAGCCCUCAGACCUGGAGUGUUCAAGGACCUGCAUCAGCUAACUUGGCUAAUUCUAGAUGACAAUCCAAUAACCAGAAUUUCACAGCAGCUAUUUGCUGGAUUAAAUUCCUUGUUUUUUCUGUCUAUGGUUAAUAACUACUUAGAAGCCCUUCCCAAGCAGAUGUGUGCCCAAAUGCCUCAACUUAACUGGAUGGAUUUGGAAGGCAAUGGAAUAAAGUAUCUUACAAAUUCCACCUUUCUGUCGUGCGAUGCACUCACUGUUCUGUUUCUGCCUAGAAAUCAAAUUGAUUUUGUUCCAGAGAAGACAUUUUCUUCAUUAAAAAAUUUAGGAGAACUGGAUCUGUCUAGCAAUAUGAUAACAGAGCUACCAACCCACAUUUUUAAAGACCUGAAGCUUCUACAAAAACUGAACCUGUCGUCCAACCCUCUCUUGUAUCUCCACAAGAACCAGUUUGAAAGUCUUGAACAACUUCAGUCUCUAGACCUGGAAAGGAUAGAGAUUCCAAAUAUAAACACACGCAUGUUUCAGCCCAUGAGGAAUCUUUCUCACAUUUAUUUCAAAAACUUUCGAUACUGCUCCUAUGCUCCCCAUGUCCGAAUAUGUAUGCCCUUGACUGACGGCAUUUCUUCAUUUGAGGACCUCUUGGCUAACAAUAUCCUCAGAAUAUGUGUCUGGGUUAUAGCUUUCAUAACCUGCUUUGGAAAUCUUUUUGUCAUUGGCAUGAGAUCUUUCAUUAAAGCUGAAAACACGACUCACGCUAUGUCCAUCAAAAUCCUUUGUUGUGCAGACUGCCUGAUGGGUGUUUAUUUGUUCUUCAUUGGCUUUUCUGACCUAAAAUACCGUGGGCAGUAUCAGAAGUAUGCAUUGCUGUGGAUGGAAAGUUUACAGUGCCGCCUCAUGGGUGUCCUGGCCAUGCUGUCCACUGAAGUCUCUGUCCUGUUGCUGACAUAUUUGACUUUGGAGAAGUUCCUGGCUAUUGUCUUUCCCUUCAGUAACAUUCACCCUGGAAAACGGCACACUUCACUCAUCCUCAUUGGCAUCUGGAUUGUGGGAUUUUUAAUAGCUGUGAUUCCAUUUUGGAAUGAUGAUUAUUUUGGAAACUUUUAUGGAAAAAAUGGUGUAUGUUUCCCACUUUAUGAGGACCAAACUGAAGAUAUUGGAAGCAAAGGGUAUUCUCUUGGAAUUUUCCUAGGUGUGAACUUGCUGGCUUUUCUCAUCAUUGUCUUUUCCUAUGGUAUUAUGUUCUAUUCCAUUCAUAAAACGGCCUUGCAGACUUCAGAAGUGAGGAGUCACAUUGGAAGAGAGGUGGCAGUUGCAAACCGUUUCUUUUUUAUCGUGUUCUCUGAUGCCAUCUGCUGGAUUCCUGUGUUUGUAAUUAAAAUUCUUUCCCUCUUCAGAGUGGAAAUACCAGGCACAAUCACUUCCUGGGUAGUCAUUUUUUUCCUGCCAGUGAACAGCGCCUUGAACCCCAUCCUUUACACACUCACAACCAGCUUCUUCAAGGACAAGUUGAAACAGCUGCUACACAGGCAUCGGAGAAAAUCAAUUUUCCAAACUAAAAAAAAAAGUUUAUCUACAUCCAUUGUAUGGACAGAUGACUCCUCUUCCCUUAAACUUGGGGUUUUGAACAAAAUAACUUUUGGGGACAGUAUAACAAAACCAAUGUCCUAG